CGCGUCCCGGCCUCACUAGUUUGUCCCUGCGGCCGCCCCGUAGGUAGCGCGGCGCUCCGAGGGCCCUGAACCGCGCCGCCAUGGCUCCCCGGGUAGGCUUUGCGCCCGCCGGCGAGGGCCUGCGCUACGCCGGGUCCUUGCAGCACCCCGCCCAGCCGUCGGACGCCGACCUAGACCGCGGGCUGGCAAGAAGUUUGAUAGCUGUGGGGCUGGGUAUUGCAGCGCUUGGCUUUGCAGGUCGCUACGCAUUUCAGAUCUGGAAACCUCUAGGACAAGUAAUCACAGAAACUGCGAAGAAGAUUUCAACUCCUAGCUUUUCAUCCUACUACAGAGGAGGAUUUGAACAGAAAAUGAGUAGGCGAGAAGCGAGUCUCAUUUUGGGUGUAAGCCCAUCUGCCAGCAAGGCCAAGAUUAGAGCAGCUCACAGGAGAAUCAUGAUUUUGAAUCACCCAGAUAAAGGUGGAUCUCCUUACUUAGCAAUCAAAAUUAAUGAAGCAAAAGACUUGCUAGAAGCAACCACCAAACACUGAUGGAUACUCAGGGACCGCUCUGACGGAGAAAAGGGGGACCUUAUGAAUACAGUCCUGCAGAUUAAUGUAGACCAUGGCCUGCGUGAUGUUCAUACGUGUGCUGACCACAGUCGUUUCUUCCGUGACCAAGCUAUGUAAUAAUAAAAGAUGAGCAGUC